GGUAUUCAGGCAGAGCUUUUCUUGCCCGGAUUCAUAAAAGUGAGUCAGAAAGAGGAGCGAUUGGAGGCAUUAUUCGUCUCUUACCAUCGGGAGAAGAAUGAUGAAAAAACAACUUAAUAUCUGCCUUUGGGUCCUUUUGUGGAUUUUGUUUGAGCAUAUGCUGCAAGAUGUCUCUGCAGGCACACGCCCAACCUCUGCCUUAGAUGCAGACCUGAUGUUUGAGAUCUUGCUGGGUGGGGUAGAGCUCGACCAGGACAACAACAUCAUCCUUGUUGACAAGGAGCUGGCAUCGAUGAGGCCAGGUCGGGCUUUUCUUUCUCAGAUUAAUGACAACAUCCCCAGAAGUCUGAACUCCAUGGGACAGAUGGUGACCACACUGAAGGGUCACAGGAGACCGCUGGCUCCAGAGCAGUUUGAGAAUCUCGUCCUGAGUAUGGUGUACUCUGCUCACAGGACCUGGCAUCAGGAGGGAGGAGAGGAGCAGGAGGCCUGGGGUGGAGUGCUCCUCCAGCUGGCUAAUGUCACAGUUCACCAGCUACGUGGAAGUUAUCUCUUCAGUUAUGACUGAUAGACACUAACAUCCUGAAUGAGGUAAAGCUGUGUGCAAUAAAUCUCCUUGAAUCCUCCUUUCCU